UCUUUCUACUUUUUACAAGUUCCUCUCUUUUUUCUUCUUAUGUCAUGAUGUUAUGAGUUUUUGAUAUUAUUUCGACCUGUUCUUGCCUUACUUCCUUCCUUCUUUCUACCGUCUUUUUCCAACUUUUUGUCUCUUUUACAGCUAUUUCCUUUUCUCAUCAGCAUUUAAAUGUUUUCCAGGUCCAAGUCUGUUGUUUAGUAAAUCUAUCUCUGACAGCGCUUAACUGUUCCUCUUUAUUUAGACUUUUUUUUCUACCAAAAAUGAUUAGCGCUGGUCAGGGGGUACUUGGCUUAAAGAAACAAUUCAAAAGGGGAACAUUAUUGAAAAAAGUUUGAGAACCACUGGUGUAUGAUACAGUAACAGAUUUAUAUGAAAGAUCAAAUUGUACACCAUAGGCCUACACUUUUAAUUUGUCCCAGACUUCUGUUGCUCUGCAGCAGUCCAUUAAGAGAUGCUGUUGAGUCUCAUCCUCGUUGCAGGAAAUCACUGGGCAUUUUUUGCUGUUGUUAUAGCAACUCCAAGACACAACAGCUCUGACAGGCAGUCUGUUUACGGACAUCAGGCCAUCUCACGACACGAAUGAAGAGGAGAGGAGGUUCCCUUCCUGCCUCUGCAGGAGGGGAAACCCGAAGGAAUGCAGGAUCAGCCUUUAAAUUUGAAAAAUCAGGAAAUAACUUUUCAUAGGACAACUGACGUUGAUGUGAGAGCAUGCUCCCUUAAAUCUGAGUUAAUCAGUGAAUUAUUAUACUAUUUUUUAUAAGAGAAUCACAGAGACUACUCCUUCAUCAACCUGUUUGUUUACAUGUUACAUCAUGGACCUUAGGAAGAUUGGUUGGCUCUGUUGGAGAUUUUCUCUCUUCUGUAUCGCUUCUGCAGCCUCAAACGAGACUUCAUCAGCUCUGACCUGCAACGUCACCGUGCAACCUGAUGGGUUGUGCGUCUACCAGCUGUCCCGGGUGCCCAAUUUGUCCAAUUCUGUGUCAUGGUGUGGGACAAGCUGGGAGCAACGGAACAGAACUGUCAUCGUUCACACCCACAAUGGUAAGGACCCUGUGUUCGACAUAAAUCUCGUCCAAAAUCUAACCGACUGGUCUGUCACCUUGAAACACUGCCACCCCUACCUGCGCUACAAAAUGGACUGCGAGACCGUGGAGGAAGCUGUCUGCACCGUCAACUGCAGCGCUGUCUUGGAUCUCAAGGACUUGGAUCCCCCAACCACUGUGAACGCCACGCUGAUCUGCUUCACUGAGAAUUUGUGUCUGUCCCUUCUGGCGCUAGGUCUGUGUGUCAGCAGUCUUCUUGUUCUUGGAGUCGCCGUCUUUGGGGGUUGGUACUUCUGGAAAACUGGAAAAUGCACAAGACGAGAAUCUGCGGAAAUGAGCGCUUCAUACACUCCUGCAAAAAACCAGAUUGUAUAAUAUAAAUAUAUAUAUGAGUCAAUUCAGCACAACUAAACAGAGGCUUAAGAAGGAUGAAAACUUACUACCUCUAGUCUAAAUGUGUGUAUGUAUUGUAAGGACUAAAAUAUAUUUUCAUAAUAAUAAUAAUAAUAAUAAUAAUAAUAAUAAUAAUAGAUAUGUCUAAAUAUUAUAUAUUUUGUCAGUAAUAGAGCUUCAGAGAAAGGAAGAGGAAACAUGUAAUGUGUUUCAUAAGAAGAGUUUUUAAACCUUUUUAGGGAGGUUGUUCCGAAGUCCAGGAGCCCAAAAAGAGACGACCACGUUUUUACAGAUGUUACAUCCUGUUACAUACAUCCUGGUGUGUUCACUAACAUACCACGAUGUGAGGAUACCAUAAAAAAAAAAUUUAAAAAAGGAAAUAAUUUUCCGUUUUAAAAUGGUGCUUUUGAGGCCUGAAUGUUUCUGGGUAACGGAUCUUUUUUACAUAUCGUAUCAUAUUGUAAAUGAGCUGUAGCGUUUGUCCUGUCUGUGGUUAGACCAGGACAGACCUUUCACAAGUUUCAGGAUCAUUUUGGUGUUAACACCUAAAUAGGAGCCAGUCCAGAAUUAUGUUUUUAGCCGUUUAAAGGGACCAGAAUUUACAGAAAAACUUCGAAGGGAAGCUCAACCACCUGGGUAAUGUGUUCAAGCCAUAAACUAGAUGGACGACUAGUCUCCGCUUUCUCCCGCUGUACAAAAGUGAAGUUAAAAUAUCGGCAAUACGGGCUCUGCCAUCUGGUAAUUUUGGAGAGCCAGAGUUUGAGCAGUAGUAGAGCCGCGGUUUCCAAGACCUGCCGAAAAAUUUGCGAGCCAAUCCCAGCUGUGAAUCAUGACGUUUCAGCCUGUUUUUAUAGCCCCGAAUAACUAUCUGGAGCCGCAGUAUCGAAGUCCCACCGAUACACGUGUCCGCCCAAUCGUGAGCCAAUCCCAGCUGUCAAUCAUGACGUUUCAACCCGUUUUUUUUUGCCUGUUUCUUUUUUCUCCGUUGUCUUGUUUAUAUCUAUGGUUUAUAUUUACAAGGAGGCUGCGCUGCUGAGUUUGAUUGUUUGUAACGUUACACUUGCCAAA